AAAUGAUUCCUCUUAUUUAUUAAUGAAUUCUCUAUUAAAAUUAUUUUAUAAGAAAUCUGGUCAACUUAAUAGAUUUAAAUUAUAUAAUUUGAUGGGAUUAAUUGGUGAUGGUAUGAAUAAUUUGAAUAAUUUGAAUGAUAAAAAUAAAUAUGAUGAAUGUUCAGAAAUCUGUAAAUUUAUCUUACCGGUUCAACAAUUAACUAUUACUGGAACAUAUGAAAAUAGUAGUGGUAUGAUCUUAUUAUCCAAAUUAUGUACGAAUGUGCGAGAUCUUUGUAUAGAAAAUUUUUCAACGGCAAAAAAUAUUGAUCACAUAAUAGAAUCACAAAAUAAUUUAGUAUCAUUAGAAAUAACAAAUUUAUCUGAUCAUUCAACACUUAUUAUACAAUCAAUCUUAUCACAAUCUAAAUCAUUACGUAGAAUUAAAUUUUAUAAGGUAAAUUUUUCAGGAUGUUGUCAAUGGAAUUCAAUUACGUUAUG